AUGCGCGCCGGCCCUGUGCUUCUCUUCUUGGAGUUCAAGGCUAAACUCUUGUCGGAGGUUGUUCGUCCCGGGACACGAAGGGCCGCGUGCCUCGCGCUCAAUCAGAACCCUGCAGUCGAGUCCGUCUUGUUUCUCCUUGUGUCCGCGGCGUCGGUUGGCCUAAAUCUCGCAGCCGAAAGCGCUCCUCCUCGUGCUCAGUGCCUCGGCCGCGUGUCCCGCGAGGACGUCGCGCUGCUCGAAGCUUCGUCGCUAGCUCGCCGACGCCCUGUGCUCUGCGAGAGGUGGGAGUCUAGGACGGUAGAGGCUUUAUGUCGGACUUGGCAUCUUUGCCGGAGGAGUUCAGAGUUGGUUUUGGGAGAACCAGUCUAG